AUGAAUUCUUAUCAAGGGUUCAUGGGCGGCGGGGACACAACUUAGCUUUUCAUUAAAGGCUAUCAUGCUACGGGAGUAAUGCGCCAGCAUCAGGACCACGGAGCUAAUACUGACGUUCGAACCAGGGAUGGCAACACUGGGGCGGACUUUCUUCAGGUUCAUUUUACGCAUUUCAGUGCCACGGCCACAGCCGCGUGUUCAAAGCCCUGUGAAGUCCCUGGCCAUACAAACUCGACCAGACACCCCUUCCCCCAUAAUCAAGAUUUCUAUAGACCAGUGGACCCUGUUCGACCCCAAGCCCCCUCCUUCCAAAGCUGCGAACAGGGUCUUUCCAGAACGGGCUGCUCGCCUUCCUCAGACACUUUGAGAACUUUCUCCGGUGAGCACUGUGGCCCAGUCAACACACACCUCGAUGGCCCAAGGCAGCAUCAAGCAGUUGAGGACAAUACCAGAUACGAGACUCUAAACACGUUAAAUGAGACAUGUCAAAGCGGAAAGACAUUCGAUUGGAUGAGAGUCAGGAGGAAUCAGCCACGUGCAGUCAAGACACAUUUGGUGAUAUGGUCGGACCCGGAGCCGAAGGCUGACCAAACCCGAGAUCUCGAUGAGAACUGCGCGAGCGGACAGACUGUCAGCGGACCCACUCGAACCAAUUUUACCACCAAACAACUCACAGAACUAGAGAAGGAAUUUCAUUUCAACAAAUAUCUGACUCGUGCCAGUCGGGUCGAAGUAGCCAACACUCUCCAUCUAAUCGAAACUUAAGUAAAGAUCUGGUUUCAAAACAGACGCAUGAAACAGAAGAAACUGCUACGUGAGUGCCUAGUUCCAGGAUAUAUGGUGAUUUCUGGUUGUGAAGAGGAUUCCACAUCAAACUAA